AUAAUAUGACAAUGCCGGAAUACAGCAAAAUGAUUGCAGAAUUGUGGAGACAGAUGCCAGAGAAAGAUAAGAUUAAUCGAAAAAGAGUAUAUCAAAUAUAUCAAAUCUUUCGGGAUCAGAAAUUACCAUACGCAGUGGACAAACGUAUGAAUGAAAGUUCGGAGAUUGUUCCUUCAGUAUCUUUUCAUAUAGGCGAAAGUUUGGAAUCCUUUCCUUCGAUGGCAGAUUUUGAUCAAUUCAAUCAGUAUCAAACACCAAGCGAAAUGAACGUUGCGGGUCAAAUAGGACAAUUUUCAGACUCGGACGUUUUGAUGGCAAUUUAUCAGUUUAAACAGGAUAAAUAUUAA